UAUCAGAGGCAUAGGGGCGGAGGAGAGGGGCGUCUCGACGUCAGGCCCCAGAGCUGGUCCGUCCGUCGUCCGGCCGACUCGAGCAUCUGAGCCGCGGAUUCGCGAGAUAUAUAACCAUUUUGAUACAUAUAUACAUACAUAUGAGCAUAUGUGUGUGUGUAUAUACAGAUUAUAUACGGAAAUUCACACGUACACGAAUACACACAGAGACACGAAAACACUGACGCUAUGUACAGCAACGAAAUGCUGUACGCACACACGCACGCACAUACGCGCAUAGCUACAUGAUCGUGUGUAUUUAAAAGACAUUUUGGUGUACAUUUAUUGCAUGUAGAUCCGGAUAAAUAACGAGGGAAUAAAGAUAACGAACGAUUUUAAACGAACAAAAGACAAACGAUUAAUCAUCGUAAUAAUAAUCAUUUACGGAACUCAUACUUUUACGUAAACGGGGACUGAUAUAUGUUUUUAAUAUUGACGUACCAAGAGAUACGUAAAGGUGUGCAUGUGUACGUGUUUUUUAAAUGCAGCACAGUAAGACGAGAAGAAUAUGUGGUGCGAUUAUCGGAAUCGAGGACUGAGCCAGUAAUUGACAGGAAACUUUGUUCACAAACUUCAAUCUACAAAAAAUUCAUCGUGUGCUUGUUUGGAAUGUACGCUCGUAUGUACGUGGACACGUCGAUGUUUACGUUUAUGUCGAUAGACUCGUAGAGAAGUACGUUAAAAUGUGCAGGCCUGAAAAUAUUUGAUUUCUGGAGAACGAAGCCUCUCGGUGACAUUUGACCGCGAGCAAUCGUUGCUGAAGGUUACUGAGGAACGGGGAACUCGGAACGGAGCUUUUCAUCCCUGAGAAAAUGCACGAGCACGUCUGGCGACAGAAAUGCUGUAACCACUUUCCGUGCACCCGGUUUCGCAAGGCUCUUCGGUAAUCGAGGACUCGAGGAUCGAUAUCUCAGCUGUGGCUCAUACAAAUAUUCUCUCCCCUCCGACGAGAGAAUCAGAAUAAAUUGAAAGUGCAAAAUAACAGAGGGAAAACGAGUGUCCAACCUCCGGCGAAGUUUCCCUCGGACGCCCCAGGACGCCUGGGCUUAUUCAACAUCCUCACAGUUUUCUUGCUCCAAUGGGGAACUCGGACUUCACCGACGAGGAGGGUGAACCUCGCGAACAGAGUGUUACGAGCUUACGCGUUUAUCGGUAGGCAGAUUAAGUGCGGGGAGCUUUCACCCUUGCGGUCUCAGGCGAAAAAUCAGGCGAAAAAACGCGGCGGAUCGCUGAAAAAAGGCGCCUUCGUUAGUCACAGUGUUAAAUCGUUGGAAAAUAUUUUUAAUCUGCCGGAGAAAAGAGAAGAAAAAACGUGCCAUCACGAGCAACGAGACACUCCCCCGAGCUCGGGCUUCCACGCACCUACACAUGCACACGUCCAUAUGGAAAAACGACGACAGAGACGGAGGUGCGCGGGCGAAUGGAAUUGAGGGUUAACUGUCGUCACGGAGCAUCAACGCCGACAGUAGUCGCGGCGUCGAGAGCGAUGCAGACGACGAAACGAAACGGGACGAGCGCGUCUCUCGCUUUUUGAUUCGGGGACGCGUUUUUUCUUUUUUUCUUUUUGUUUUUAUAUCCAUGUAUACAGACAUGUGCACGUGUAUAUUUACAUGUUUAUGAACUCGCGUACUCUCGCGUGUGCAGUGGAUUACGCAUAUAUACAAAUGCUAAAUAUACUUGUGUUUAUGUACACGCACGGAGGGGUGCGGAGUGAUUAUAGCAUGGAUUACACGAAGAUUUGAUUCGCGCGGAACCCCUCCACCCGUCCCCUCCCCGAUUUUGAAAAAUCCUUGACACCUCGUCCCGCGAUUUUGACCCAAGAGAAUAUCGAAUCUCUCGCCCGCGCCUCCGGACGCAUGGAAUUGUUAGAAAAGUGGAUUUUUCGUGGGGAGGUGUUGCUCCCUCAGUGUGGUUCCUACGAAAGCGAAGAUUGUCGUUGUCGCCGAUAAAGUAUCUUUCCAAAAGUGAAUAAACUUCAUUAAACACAGUUUUGAUGGUGAAUCGCCGAUGAAUCUUUCCUGGAUUCAUCCAGCCGUCUGAGCGACGAUUUUAGUUUUGCUUCUCCGUCGAAAUUUCACGAUUUAUCGCGUGUUGUAACGAUCGUUGAUUUUUACCCAUCGCGGCAAUAGAACUCGUGCAUUUUCUCGCGCCGAUGUCACGAAUCAAAGGUGGAACGUUUCCUCGACCUAGACAACGCUGAAAACGGAGUUUUACCUCGCCCAGUACGUUACGCGAUCGCGGGGGAGGCUCGAGACUUCGAUUACGCGAAACGGGAAUCAGCUGUGGAAGGUUACGAGACCCCAAAAGCCGGUAUCGCCCUCCGUUUGCUCGGCUGCAACGAUGAGAAGGAAAAGUAGUGAAAAAAAUUCUCAAGCUUUAACGAUUUUUGGAUUAUAACGGAACGACACCCUCCACCGGUGGGAACGCUCGCAAACCAACUCACCUCCGACCUCAUCGCCGACGGCCAGCUCUGACCAACCACACCACGAAAUAAAUCAUUCUCCAAUCGCCAGAGCACCCCCCUCGCUCGUACGUACCAACAGGGAAAUAAUAACAAAAGGACUACGAUCAUAGACGUUUCUGUGAGACUUUGAGUGCGGGAGUAGAGAUAGUGGUGAUAAGAGAGCUUUGGAGGGAUGUCACGGAGAAAGCAGGCCCGACCGAGCCGUGCCAACCUUGAGGAGGAACUGGUACAAAGAUUGCUGCGGAAUAAUCCCGUAGGAACGCCCGAGGAUGAAACCCAAGAAGAAAAUGACACAGCGUCAGAGGGUGGGGAGAGCAACAACGGAGGUUGCGUUGUUGGUGUCGAAGCCGUCGGGAACUCGGUUGACGAGGCGGCGGUUGAUCUCACAGCAGCGAGGUCUAAUCACGACGGUGAGGAGGAAGACGAGCGGGAAAACGAUGAAUUACCUAUGGAGGAGGACGAGACGGACGAGCUCGUGGACGAGAUUGAGGAGCACGAGGAGGACGAGGAAGGUUCGCGAAAGCAAAUGCGUAAUCGACAAGACGCCGAGAACAACAACAGUUUUAUCGGUGAGGGUGGGCCGGCGAUUGUGGGAGCUACAGGAACUGGGAUGGCGACGGGAGGACCGCAAGGAAUUGGUGGUAAUGGGGUUGGUAGUAGCGGCGGUGCAACGGGAGCAAGUAGUGCAUUCCCGGCAGCUGGCACGAGUCACGUCACCCUCGAGGCUCUCCAGAACACAAAAGUUGCGGUUGCUCAAUUUGCAGCAACAGCACUUGCCGGGAGUGCCGACAGCGAGGCAGCUCUCCAAGAUCUCGCUUUGUUGCAGAGCACGCUGUACACCCUGCAGCAUCAACAGGUCUUUCAGUUACAGUUGAUAAGCCAGUUGCAGCAACAAUUGUCGAUAACGCACGCCGGAGGUCAGCCGGUUGGUGUGACACCGGCCCAACAAAUAUUAAGCGGCAGCGGUAUGGCGUGCGGCAACCCAACGGUAGAUGGAAUGCAGCCGGUAACUCCUACGACGAACCUCGAAACGAGUUCAUGCAAAGAAACGUCAUCGAGCUCGCCGUUGAUACAUGCCAAGUCAAUAGCGAGUCUGACCUCACCACCGUCCUCACGACCACCGAGUCAUCAUCAAACUUCGUCCUCACCACUGUUGACACCCAGUAGUCUUGCGCAACAAGAUCGACCGGUUGAUUCGUGCAGUACAUCACCCAUAGCUCUACCGUUGCCCCCGACUUCGAACAUGUCACUAACGUCAGCAGCAGUUACGAGUAGCAGCAGUGAAAUUGGUGCAAACAAUGGGAGCCCAAUGACUCAAGCAGCCUCGACACCAAUGUCACAUCAGAUGCACAUGUGUUCGAUAAGUUCCUCGUUAGCGUCGUCGAUAAUCACCAACAACGAUCCGUUGCCUCUCCACGAGCCGAAUACCUUGGAGAUGUUGCAAAAACGUGCUCAGGAAGUACUGGACAACGCUAGUCAGGGCUUGCUGGCGAACAAUCUUGCGGACGAGCUGGCUUUUCGUAGUGGCAAAGGUUCGCGUCUCUCCCCGUACGAUUCCAAGUCCGGUGGUGGUGGACGGGGCGAGCCAUUCUUCAAGCAUCGAUGUCGUUACUGCGGCAAGGUCUUUGGAAGCGACUCGGCACUACAGAUCCACAUAAGAUCUCAUACAGGUGAGCGUCCCUUUAAGUGCAACGUCUGCGGAAGCCGAUUCACCACCAAGGGAAACCUCAAGGUCCACUUUCAGAGGCACACGGCAAAGUUUCCACACGUUAAAAUGAAUCCGAAUCCCGUGCCCGAACACCUCGACAAGUACCACCCUCCCUUGCUCCAGCAGUUAGCUGCCUCAGGUCAGAGACCUAUGCCGUCCCCACCGCCGCCGCCGCCGCUACCUCCGCCACCUCAUCAAACACCGUCCCAACAGCACCACCAGCAUCAACAACAUCAGCAACAGUUACAACAUCACGCGGCUGCAGUAGCGGCCGGAAACUUUCAUCCAGCGGCAGCAGCAGCCGCGGCGGCAGCAGCGGUAGCUCAUGGCUUUCUUCCGCCCCAGCCACCUUUGCCCCUGAGUCUUGCCCUGCCUGGUAUGCCGCCCCUCUAUCGUGCCCCGAUCGUUAAUCAUCGUGAUGACCAGGAUAUCCCGGAGAACCUGAGUAAACCGGCUCCCUCGAUCUCACCGCAGUCACCUAAUCCCUCCAUCCAUUCGAAUUCGCAUCAUUCCUUUCACGAACAACAACAACAACAACAACAACAACAACAACAACAGCAACAACAACAACAACAACAACAACAACAACGCCAACAACAGCAGUUCCAACAACAAAUUCCCCCUGCACGAACUGAAUCUCCUAGAGCCAAUUGCGACGAUAUAAAAAUAGAACAACGAUCACCAGUGCAAGAGCUGCAGCCUUAUCAACCUCACCGACCUGCGAGUCGCGAGCCUGAAGAUAGCAUAACGCCAAAGCGAGAGCCCGAAGAACCUGAAGAAAUUCCGGACGACGAUGAGUUCGACGAGACCUCCCAACGUUAUCUCAACCCAUCAACAUCACCUGCUAAUCACACGAUCUCGCAUGCCCAAUCUUACGAAGAUUGUAGCAUGGAUAGCAAAAUGAGUGGUCGGCUCGAACCUGACACCGAUAACAUGGACGCCGACGAAGAAAUGGAAGAACAACCGGAGAAUCUUUCAGGUCGUGGGAGCGGCGGUGGCGGUGGUAGCGGCGGUGGUACGAGUCGUUUGGCUCUACCACAAGGAGUCGGCAUGAGCGGUGGUGGCGGUGGUGCUGGUGGCGGCGGUGGGUAUCCAGGUGCUUCUCCAGCUAGCAGCAGCGCCAGCAGUGGAAGCCUGCAAACUUCCUUCGCCGGUAUUCUUUUUCCUGGUCCACCGUCCCAUCAUCAGCUGCCUCAACAUCCUUCCUCGACAACCGGUACAACACCUACCGGAACGGGGGGUAACGAAAUGAUGGUAGAUCCUGCUCGGGAUCCAGCAAUCUACUCCAGCCUCCUUCCGAGACCCGGCAGCAACGACAACUCCUGGGAGAGCCUCAUCGAGAUUACGAAAACUUCAGAGACAUCGAAACUUCAACAGCUCGUAGACAACAUUGAACACAAACUCACCGAUCCGAAUCAGUGCGUCAUAUGCCAUCGCGUUUUAUCCUGCAAAAGCGCGUUGCAGAUGCACUACAGAACUCACACCGGGGAACGCCCCUUCAAGUGCAAAAUAUGCGGUCGCGCUUUCACCACGAAAGGAAACCUCAAGACUCACAUGGGCGUUCACCGCGCGAAACCCCCCUUGAGAGUGUUGCACCAGUGUCCAGUUUGUCACAAAAAGUUCACCAAUGCGCUCGUUCUCCAACAGCACAUACGUCUCCAUACCGGGGAACCAACGGAUCUGAGCCCCGAACAGAUCCAGGCUGCAGAAGUGAACGAAUUCCCACCGAGUUAUCCUCACCAUCCGCUCACGUCGUUUCUACCGCAAGGUUUUCCAGGAUUACAUCCCGGUGGAGCAGGCUUCCCAUUGGGGUUUCCACCUUCGCGUCUUCACUCCCUAGACCGACAUUCUCUCGAAAACGAUCUGGAUGCAAAGGAACAAAUGCAGCAACAACAGCAGCACGCCCAUCGACAUCAUCAGAUGCGGUUGCAGCAGCACCAAGCCCAACUCCAGAUGCAACAGAGGAGGUAUCUUGAGGACGUUCAGAGUGAAGAUAUGGAGGACCAGGAGGACGAAGAGGAGGAUCGUCGCGAGGACGACGAGAGGUGCGAAGAAAUGAUGAAUCGUGAGCGAAGAUCGGACGACGAGGACGAGGACGAUAUCAACGAUUGCGACGACAACGACAGUAGAAAAGACGACAUUGCGUCGAGGGCGACCAGCCUCACGAUACCAAGUUUCUCAACUUCCUUAGCAGCCCUUGAAAAUCAAGUUCGCACCAUCACGACUACUGCCUCGGGGAUGCUUCCCACCACCAAUAACAACAACAAUAGCUCAGUCGGGUGUUCGCCUACGCCGAUGCAUCGAUACAACGGUAGCGAAAAAAGUGUCAGUCCAGUCAACAGCACCGGCGGUGGUGGCGCGCCUCUCGACCUAACUCCAAGGGCAUCCUCCACACCAGCCUCGUCCGUUGUCUCCGCUACAACUACACCGCCCCCGACUUCGCAAAGCCUCGGCCACCAUCAUUCGCAUCAUCCGUUCGGAAUGUUUGCCGGCCUGUUGCAGGCUGUUUCCUCCCAAACUCCGGGCAUCAUCGGCAAUAGCAUUCAACACAGUGGCCCCCCGGGCGGUGCAAGUGCCGGGGUCGCGAUAAACAGCUCUGCCGUUAAUGUUUCCUCGACUAUUAACAACGCCGUUAGUCCAGGUGGCGGCAGCAACAGCGGUGGCGGUAACGGUGGUGGAAGCGGUGGCGGUGGUGGAGGUGGACCUCUCGCCUCGCUAACAACGUCCGCCGUGCUCGCAGCAUCCUCCACCUAUAAUCCGCUCGGCCUGGCUGUCGGAGGGCCAGCAGUACGUGGCAACACCACGUGUAAUAUCUGCUACAAGACAUUCGCGUGUAACUCGGCACUGGAGAUUCACUAUCGGAGCCACACGAAGGAGCGACCCUUUAAAUGCAGCAUUUGCGACCGUGGCUUCUCGACAAAGAGUGACGGCACAUGGGUGAAAUCGUGUAACUGCAUGGAGCAUCCGAGUCUCUUUACCGGAGAUAUCCUACAAUCAAAUCCACCGGCGGCGUACCACUCGCUCGGGAACACCGCGAUACCUGAGGGUGGUGUCUUGACAAGCGGAAGUCAGGAUAUCAGGCCAAAAAGGAACAGGCGGCGGCGGACUGAGGAACAGAAAAGCCGGGGGCGGACAGGGACCGGAGGGGGGCGAGGGCUGACGUCUGCCUAUGCUGCCGUCCGCCUGCCCCCGCUGAUGCCCCCCGCCCUCGGACUUCUAGCCUCGGACCACGUCUUCCUGGGAAACAUGAAGCAGCACAUGCUGACCCACAAAAUCCGUGACAUGCCACCGCAUUUGUUCAACGAUUCGAAGCAGUCGGUUCAACAGCAGCAACAAUCCACGCUGUCGCAACAAUCGCAAGAACUGGAAAACUCGAGGAGUCCAAUGUGCAUGGAUGAGUCGAGUCUUCCACCGCCACCGCCGCCUCCUCCACCCCCGCCGCCGCCGAUGCCGCCCUCGUCGAUGGAGUCGCCGAUACCCGUGAAAAGAUCACCUUCGGAGGGCGAUUUACCAGCCCCCAAAAGGCCCAGCAUGUCGAGCAAGCACUUGUGCCAAGUUUGCAAUAAGAAUUUCUCCUCGUCCUCGGCGCUCCAGAUCCAUAUGAGAACUCAUACCGGCGACAAGCCUUUUCGAUGCACCGUCUGUCAGAAGGCCUUCACGACCAAGGGCAAUCUCAAGGUUCACAUGGGAACUCAUAUGUGGACGAACGGAGCAUCGCGAAGAGGUCGGCGAAUGUCUUUGGAUCUUCCACCUCUGCCAAUAACCCCCAAGGACUCGGAGUUUCUUCAGCGUCGUCCUGACCUUUUUUAUCCGUAUUUACCGGCCCCGUUUCUCAACGGAGUUCAGCAAAAAUUGAACGAGAUCUCGGUGAUUCAGAGUAACAACGGAUUGCCGGCGCACCCGGUGAGCGCAGGAAAAUACGCGGGUCUUUUCGGUUCGAUUUACGGCGGGGGUGGAUUUCCACUGGAGAAACAACCGAUGGCGCCGAGCAACGGUCCGCUGUCGGACGGCAAGUCAUCCCUGCCUUCGGGUUCGAUGCUCUUCCAGACGCCUUCGCCGUCCCAUUCACCAGGUACGCCUUCGUCGAACACCGGAAAUCAGAAUUCGGCGAGUGUGCCCGCGUGGAGCGGAGAGACUCUGCAGCACCACUUCGAGCGUGACGUUACCGUCUCGAGGCCGGAGAACAAUUCGACCCCACCGUCGGCAAGAAUCCAGCCGCCGUCGGCACCGAGGGGCGAGGGACUCGCUGCGUGAGAAUAAAGCAAAGCGGAAGAAAACAACAGACAAGACAGGACGAAGGAAAACGAUCGUGGAUUUGUCAGGGGCUGUUUUUUCAUGGUGAUAUGAUGUUACGAACGUUGCUAUUGAUCGAGUCGCGAUGUAACAGAAAUAAAGCGAUCACCGGAUCGAUGCGGAUAGACAAAUAUAUAAAUAUAUAAAUAAAUCAUAAAAAUUAAUGUAAUAAAAAGAAAUAAGAAAAUGACAAGAUAAUAUUAAACGUAUAAAUGUCUGUCUGCGUGGAUGUCAAAUCCCCAGGAAAAAAACGAACGACGCCGAGAGACCUUUGAUCUGGACAGAAUAAAAAAGAAUCCUCGGAGUGAAGUGAACAACAAACGAAAAACCUUAUAGGCGUGCGUGUGUGUAUAAAAAAAUUGGAGCAAAGAGAGCUUGGAACGAUCUCGUUUGCUCUGGAGUGGCCGGUGUUUAUUUGGCCUGGCAAAAUCAACUUUACGAAGAAUAAGAUACGAGAGAACUGUAAAACGAAAAAGACGAAUCGCAUUUUCCCGGUUUCGUGAUAAUUAUCCUCUUGGGACAAUAUUUACAAAUUUCGAAAAUUUAACAUAAAUAUAUGUGAAUCACGAUUGCGUUCCAUCGUGAUUAAUCCAAUUGCAUUUUCCAAUAUCAUUGAAAAUCCAUUUUCUCUUUUCACCUCUCUCUCUCUCUCUUCUCUCUAUCGCUUUUUUCUCACGUCCUCGUGGAAGGAAACCUUCGAAGUAGGGAUCGUUUGAUCGAGUUGCGAAAGGGCCGUAAGACGGUCGAUUAGAUUGACCGCGGGGAGUAGAGAAAAACCAAAAGUCCACGUGACAGUUUCUCACGAGGUGCGAGAGGCCCGGAAGGGCGUUUUAUAAAUAAAAAUUCCAAAACGAACGACUCGUCGAUCGAAAUUCAUAGUUUCAACAAAAAUUUACUUUUUUUCGUUCAUUCGUUUCGCGCGAUCGGCUGGAGAAGACACCAUGUUCCUACUAUUACACUAGUCUUAAAAUUGUAAAAACAAGCAAACAAACGAAAUGAAAUUUCAAUUGAAAAUGAAGAUCGCGAGUUCGAGACAUUUUUUAACAAUUCUCCCUCAUUUUUCCUCAUUUUUCCCAAUGUUCUCGAACAUCUCGACACAUAAUUGCGUUAUAAUCAACACCCACAUAUGUGACUUGGUCAUACGAUUUUCGAUCGGAACUUAUUGGCUCGAUCGCGCGAGAUAAAUCGGAUCGAGUGGGGCGCCUAGACUGAGCUCGAGUACUUUUCCAAUAUUUUUUUCUCCUUUCAAUUAAAAACGAGAAAAUUCAACAGAAAAAAACCUCGAGCCACAAGACAUGUGGCGUCCCGCUCUUUUCCGAGCCCCCCCACAAUCCCCCUCGAUCAUCUUCCUAUCGAUGAUUCGACAGGAUCUAAAGACCCAUUAAAAUACAAUUAAUUAUCACAAUAAAAUAUUUAUAUGCAUGUAUAUAUUUAUACCUAGCGACGUGUGCGAAUUUCCGUAUGAAUAUAUACAUUCAUGUAUGUAUAAAAAAUAUACAAAAAUACUAUAAAUAUAUACAUAUGAAUAUAAUAAAAAUGAAUAUAUAUAUAUGAAACGAUGUGGAAUAUAUGAGCGAAUAUGUGCGUUGUAUACGAGAUUGAUGUCGGUGCGUGUAAUUGAGGAAAAAUGGUUUCUCAAUAAUUGAUGAACUCGCGACUAAAACUAUGUAUUAUGCAUUGUAAUCGAGAAAAUUCGUCGAUUUUAGAUUUAUUAUUUAUCAGUGAUUAAAUCAAGUGUUUUUUUCUUCGUUUUACAUCUCUAAGAAAUAACGAUCGAUGAUAACGGGGAAAAUGUUGAGAGAUAACAGUGUCCGAGGGAGAGAGUGAAUUGUGCGUGCGAGAAAGUAAAUAGUACUUGUAAGUAGAAAAGCGGGCCCGGCAGCGCCCCUCGCUGUGAUAUGAGAGGAGCAGCCUGCAAUCACUAAACCAAUGUACUUAUAACCUUGUAUCAUAGUAUUAUUAUAAUAAAUUAAUUAUUGUAUAUGAACAUUAUUAUCCACCGUUUCGAUGCUAUACGAAUCCAAUCGCCAAAAAAAUAAUGGACGCACGACGAUUACCCAAUUUCAAUGCUACUAGAGACUCGAUCGAACGUUAGGGCGUUCGGGCACGCCUUUUUCUUGGCUUUCACACGUCCGGUCUUGACAAAUAAUCCUUUUUUUUUCAGGAUUAUGUUUGCCUCUUUGUUUUCAGUUGACGAAGAAUUGCUCGUAAACAUUGCAGGCUUUACGACAGAAUUCUCUUUUCGGAAAUCGUAUGAACGAAACGAUUCAUGUCUUCCAAACUGGUCUGCAAUAUUCGUCGAAGAAUUAGACUCAGAAGUUGAUCGAAGCCUCGGGCGGUUUUGGCACGAGGAUUUCCCACGAUAUUUAUAACGAAUUUCAUCCAAUUUUACAGUUUUGCGUACAUAAUGGACGAUCGCUUUUCACGACAUUUUAUACACGGAUUCGAUGUUUUUUAACUUCGGUAGAAAAAUUUACUCGUAGACGAUGGGGAAGACUCGAUUGGGACACGUUUUCGUAACGUAAGUGUUGAGUUUUGUUAUUUUUUAUUCGAUCACCGAGCAGUUUCAAGAAAUUCUAAUCCUCAAAUUACCUGAAGAAUGAUUGAGUGUGUUUUGGAAAAAAAAAAACGAAUAAAUUUUUCUGUCGCUGGUUUUGUGAGAAAAAUUUGAAUAAUAUCAUGUUUGAAUCGAUGAAAAUGGGGGAGCUGCAACAAAAAACAGGAAUCGUUAGUCACUUUUCGCCAAAACUAUCGAUCUCAUUAAAGAAAAAAAUAAACUUACUUUGUAAUAAAAAUGAGAACAGACAAUUACUGAUUUUUGAGUCAAUGCAUUUGCAGUUGGAUAUUUUUCAUGAAAUCCCAAGUUUCUUAAAGAGAAGAGAAUUCAUUGCGAGGGUUUUAUGAAGCGUAUAAGCAUAUCGAGAUGAUUUUGUAUUGAUACAAGAGACAAAUAAGAUGAAACAGAAUAUGAAAAUAACCUCGGAAUAUAUUUAUACAUUGUUGGUAAAAAAAAGAGUCAAAAACAGGCAGACAUAGCAUAAAAUACCUGGUAGAAUGUUUAGGCGAUGCACGGGCCAUUGUAAAUUCUCUCUCAGGAACGAACAGGUGAAGAAAAAUCGUUUCGAGAUCGCAUCGAUAAUUAUCAAUCUCGGAAUAAAUAUUAGAAUGUAGGUUCAGUGUAAUAUGCAUAUGACUAGAUAUAAAUAAUUGAAAAAUAUCAAAACAUGAAAAUUUGCUGGAUAUUCGCAAGAAAAAACGCAAAUCCACGAUGAAUCAUUCGUCACAAAAUUUAGGCACGAAAGAAGGAAAAUAAUUUUUUGCAAAUUCAAACAUUCAUCAUCUUCGGUUGGCACGAUGAAAAAUGCUACUUCUGCCUAAAGAUCCUCACACUGAAGAACGAAAAAAAAAAAAAUAAAACGAUAAAUAGAAAGAGAGAGAGAGAGUGAGAGAGAGAGAGAAACAAAUUGGGUUUAGAAAUAAAACCACGAGCGUUCCGAUCAAAACAGAAAGUAUGAUUUAACUUAAACAAAAAAUAUCUGAGCUAAUGGAAAAGUGAAGAUGCGAAAAAAGCCACGUUUGCAUCGUUGCUUUUCUGGUGAACUCGACUCUGAGACUCGCUGUAUAAACUGAGGCGAAAUAUUAUUGUGUAAGAGAGGAAGAGCGAAAAAAAUCGCAUUUGCGUGUGUGCGUGAGAGAGAGAUUGAUAUUAAUUUUAAAAAAAACUAUAAAAAUAGUGUAAAUAUCAUUCGCAAAGAAGAUUAUGUCUGCGUAUGAACGAAGACCAACGGCCGCAUCAAGGAGGUAAAAGUGUGAAAGAAUACUUUUUAAAACUGAACCGCAAAACCUUCAUUUCCAGCUAUAAUAUGUGAAACCUCGAACAAAAAAAUUAAAUGAUAAAAGUAUACGGCAAUUCCACGUAUACAGAAUGAAAAAACUGACCCAUUGUAAUACGAGCGCUCUUCCUUGUACGAGGGGCUUCGAUAUGAACCCUAACGUACGGAAACUAAACUCGUGACACAUAAAUCUUAUAUAUAUAUAUAUACAUACAUAAAUAUACAUAAGUAACUGCUACCCCGCAGUUCUGUGAAUAAUAAUUUGGCAUUAACUGGUCGUAGGUAGGCCAGGAAAGCCUACAAAAUAAAAAGAAAGAGGAAAAAAACGAAAGAUAAAAAUGAUGACAAAAGUUGCUUAAGUCUUUUUUUGUUUUGUAAAUAUUGUAUAAUCCAUGUAUAAACAACUGACUCUACCAUAGCUAUAAGCUUACGAUUGUAGUGGAUUAGAGUACGAAUCAUUAUAUCUAUAUAACUUUCAACAAUAAACCAUGAUUAUUAUGAUGACAA